ACGUGUGCGGCAAAAACUUGCACUGACAUGCAAAUUCCCGUAUACACACGGAUAUUGUCCAUCGGUCACUGUCUGCUUCUUAUGUGUCUUUCGAGCGACUGUGAUGUCUAUUGAAUCAUUGGUUUCUGCUGUAACUCCAUUGCUGUUUUCGCCACUUUCUUCUCGUAUCUCCUUAUUACCAUUAUUACUGGGUUUUUUCCCUCUUCCACGACUGUUGUUCUUGGAUUUGAAGCGAUAAAACGCCUUAACUCGUUUUCAGAAUUUCAGGGGUCUUUUCCAGGUUUAUGCUAUGAUCUUAAAAUUUAAAGACGUUGUGGGUUUGCUUCAAUCUCCUUAUGAGUUGAUGGUGAUCCAAGAAUGAGGGAGACAGAGCGAAGCCCUCACACUGUCAGGUCCCAUGGAGUAACCGUUGCCCGGACUCAUAUCCUUGAUUGGCUGAUACUUGUUCUUCUUGUUGCUCUGGAGGCCACACUCUUGGCAAUCCAUCCAUUUUAUCGCUUUGUUGGCAAGGACAUGAUGACUGAUCUCAAAUACCCUUUAAAGAGUAAUACAGUACCCUUUUGGGCUGUCCCUAUCUAUGCAAUUUUACUGCCUUUGGUGAUUUUCAUCGCUGUCUACUUCCGUAGAAAGGAUGUCUACGAUCUUCAUCACGCCAUACUGGGCGUCUUUUACUCUGUUCUCGUGACAGCGAUAAUCACUGAUGCGAUCAAGAACGCAGUUGGCCGACCCCGCCCUGACUUCUUCUGGCGUUGUUUUCCCGAUGGCAAAGACGCUUACGAUAAACUUGGAAAUGUUAUAUGCCAUGGUGUUAAAAGUGUCAUAAGGGAAGGGCACAAGAGCUUUCCUAGUGGGCACACUUCAUGGUCAUUUGCCGGUAUGGGAUUCUUAUCGCUCUACUUAUCGGGAAAACUUCAAGCGUUUGAUCGGAAAGGACACGUUGCGAAGCUAUGCAUAGUGCUUCUCCCUCUGCUAUUCGCAUCUCUUGUCGGGAUUUCUCGUGUGGAUGACUAUUGGCAUCACUGGCAAGAUGUAUUUGCAGGAGGUUUGCUAGGGCUCGUAGUUUCUGUGAUCUGCUAUCUUCAGUUCUUCCCACCACCGCAUCACGCUCAAGGGUGGGGGCCGUAUGCUUACUUCCGAGUGUUGGAGGAUGCACGAGCGCAAGUAACCAACGGUAUGGGGCUCCGCCAUGAUCAUAACCCGGGGGAUAAUCAUGAAGAAGAUGGGCACGGGUUUAUGGGGAUACAAUUGGCGGAUAACCAAGAAGACGGCCUUGAAUCUGGUAGAGGUUGAGAACUGAGAAGAUUACAGGAGAACAAGAUUUUUUUUUUUUUCAAAUAUGAGUUAGUAACUCACAUUUUCAUCAUAUAUAUAUAUACACCCCAAGAUCUCAAUUCCAAAAUUGAUUUUAUUGAAAGUUCAUAAUCAGAAUGAGACUUGCUUCUCUUAAGCGA